CACGUCCACUCUUCUCCCUCCCCUCCAGGAGUCGGAGUGCUGUUUUUGUUGUUGGUGGAAGGUGAGGGAACAGCUGAUCCGUGUGUGGGGAGGGCAGAUAUCUUGAGGGCAGGAUGGAAGAAUCAUCACUAAGCCGGGCACCUUCCCGAGGUGGAGUCAACUUUCUGAAUGUAGCCCGGACCUACAUCCCCAACACCAAGGUGGAAUGUCACUAUACCCUUCCCCCAGGCACCGUGCCCAGUGCCAGCGACUGGAUUGGCAUCUUCAAGGUGGAGGCUGCCUGUGUUCGGGAUUACCACACGUUUGUAUGGUCUUCGGUGCCUGAAAGUGCGGCUGAUGGCUCCCCUGUCCACGCCAGCGUCCAGUUCCAAGCCAGCUACCUGCCCAAACCUGGAGCCCAGCUCUACCAGUUCCGAUAUGUGAACCGCCAGGGCCGGGUGUGUGGGCAGAGCCCCCCUUUCCAGUUCCGAGAGCCAAGGCCCAUGGAUGAACUGGUGACCAUGGAGGAGACUGAUGGUGGCUCUGACAUCCUGCUGGUUGUCCCCAAGGCCACCGUGCUGCAGAACCAGCUGGACGAGAGCCAGCAAGAGAGGAAUGACCUGAUGCAGCUGAAGCUGCAGCUGGAGGGACAGGUGACAGAGCUGAGGAGUCAAGUACAGGAUCUCGAGACGGCUCUGGCGACUGCCAGGCAGGAGCACGCGGAGCUGACGGAGCAGUACAAGGGGCUUUCCCGGUCCCACGGGGAGCUCAUAGAAGAGAGGGACAUCCUGAGCCAGCAACAGGGAGACCAUGUGGCACGCAUCCUGGAGCUGGAAGAUGACAUCCAGACCAUCAGUGAGAAGGUGCUGACAAAGGAGGUGGAGCUGGACAGGGUGAGAGACACAGUGAAGGCCCUGACUCGGGAACAAGAGAAGCUCUUCGGGCAACUGAAAGAAGCGCAAGCAGAUAAGGAGCAAAGCGAGGUAAGGGCUCAGAGUCGGUUCGCUUUCUGAAUUGUUCAUCCAGUGUUUAUUAAUUAAGUUCUGAGUUCUAGGCACCAAAGGGAUAUAAACGUAAAGAGAACAUUGUAUGCACUCUCGUAGGAAGCAUAAAAUGUAUACCCAAAUCAGGAUUAGUCAAAGUAAGCAUCACCAGGGAAGAAUAAUGAAGUGUUCUGGUGGGGGCGCCUGGG